AUGCUUGCCUCGGUCGCUCUCCUUGUUCUCCCCCUCCUCGCUCCCCUCGCGGCCGCUGUUCCCUCCGAGGAGGCCAACGCGUACCACCUCGAGGCUCGUGCCACCCACUCCAAGACCGGAUGGUACUCGUACGGCUGCUACUUUGACUGCUACGACGGCAUGAACCGUUACCUCCCCUACAAGGCCUACGCCGACGCCGGCAACAACCCCGACAAGUGCACUGCCGCCUGCGCCGCCGCCGGCUACGCCUACGCUGGUCUCCAGUUCGGCCAGGAGUGCUGGUGUGGCAAUGACGGUGGUGAGGGUCUUGGCCAGACCACCUCGUCCAAGGACUGCGGCAUGCGCUGCAAGAACGGUGCGUCGUGUGGUGGCGGUUGCCGCAACAACAUCUGGGGCAAGGAGAAGCCCAGCAACAACGGCAACGGCAACGGCAACGGCAAGGACCACAACAAGGGCAAUGGCCACGGCCACGGCCACUAG